CCGAACGACGCCACCAAUAUACGACAUUAAUCACUCAGUCACAAUGGCAAUUGCAUCCAGGGCUGCCGAAUGCGCCCAAUUAUUCGACAAGUAUCCGAGGACACUGGAUGGGGACGAGCUGCUCAAGCAGGACAUGGAAAACGAAAUCUUCCGGUUCAACCUGUGGGCGGCAAAUAAUUUCAUACUGACCCCAGGCCGAGCUUCGAUGGACUGGAGAUUGCGGAAUGCCCCAUUGCUGCAAUCGACGAUGGCCGAGUUGCUGGAUGACUUGAAAGCUGACCUUAUCAAGCAGUCUACUUUUCCAUUCAAUUCCACCAUUCCUACUGGAAUGCCAUAUGAAAUUCCCCUUCAUGCUGUCAGUGAGACGCUGGAUGGCCUUUUCCGCUUGUCUCGUGCCAUCCGUCGCUCGGGAAUUCUCCGCAGAUACGUCAAAGUUGGGAACUAUGUUGAGUUUGAUGAGAAUGGCGUAAAUCUGACAGAAGCGUUUAGAAACGGUGCAAAGACGCUCAUAGAGUUCCGCAUGAAGGAAUCCAAGGCGAGUAAUGGCCUGCGUGAACGCAUUAUCAAUACCGUCUGUUUGCGCCAGCAAUAUUUUUCUUACCUGAAAGCCAAGAAGGCCACAAACGCUCCAAUAUCAGGGGCUGACCAGAGCCAUCAAUCCACUCCAAGGUCAGCACUCAGGGCCACAGCCAGCGUUACGGGUUCCCUUACGUCGAAGGCACAAGGAGCUGCGAGACAGCAAUCAUCACCUAUGCGAAGGCCUGGCCCGUCUACUAUGACAGCGACAACAGCUCAACCCGAUCGAAUACCUAAGGCUUACUCUGUAAAGUCGGCCCAUGAACAGCAGACCUAUGAUGUGGAUUGUAAUGAUGCGGAUAUCCCUCCACCACCAAACGUGUCUGGCAACCGCAAGGAGUCAGAGUGUCCAUACUGCUUUCUGGCUUGUUCUAAAGAAGAGCUGAGCGGAAGAAGGUGGAUGCACCACAUUAUUCAGGACCUCAUGCCAUAUAUUUGUGUCCUGGAGCCUUGUCCUACCCCAAAUUCUCUUUUUGAGUCGGGCAAGGACUGGUUGAGUCACAUGAAGAACCAGCACCCUGUCAGUGGUUGGACCUGUGUCGAUAGCACACACGAUACGACAUUCUUCUUUCAGUCAGAGUCUGGCUUCAGGGAGCAUUUGCAUCAAUACCAUGAAGACCAAUUCGACGACGACGACGAUAUCGAUGAUAUCGCGGCCGCAUGCUAUCAAAAACUACCCGACGAUAUCAUCAUACGGGAAUGCCCUUUCUGUCCUACAGUGCAGAAACUAGAACUAAAGCCGAAGGAUAUGAUAAAUCAUGUCGCAAACCACCUUAUUUCGCUGGCACAAAUCUCUCUUGCAGGACAUAUAGAUGACGGGCGGUCGCAAUCAGCAUGGUCCGGAUCAAGCAGGGACUCAAGUUCGCUUCCAGCCAGUAUCGGAUCUCUUCCGGAACGAUUACACUCGGAAUUCAGAGAUGACGAUGAGACUGAAUAUCUCGCCUCCGUAUCAGGUGAGGUGAUCCCAGAUGCAGAUGAGGAGCUGAUUUAUGCCUUGUGGCAGAAAGUCCAAAAACCACAGGACGAUCCCUCACUGGAUUUGACACUUCGCCACUUCAUCGCUCAAUCUGGAAUGCAAGCGAAGGUGACCACAGAAGGCGCCGCUGUGGGGCAGAGCUUCGAGAAGGGACAGGCUACGGCACCCGAGCUGGACAGGAGCAGCGAAGACAGCGCGGGUGUACUACAAGAAACAGCUAGAGAAGGCAGUCUAAAGAUUGUUGAGAUGUUUGACGAGGAGGGAAACCCAAGGUUGGAUGAUGAGAUUACGGAUGAUGUCCCGCCGUUUCUGUGCCAAUCAGACUCAGAGAUUUACGACAAGUUUGAGGAACUCGAAAAGGAGGAAAGGAUGCGUCUGAAUGAAGGCAUGCUGACCAACGAUCCUGCCCAUCCCUACGCCCUUGAACAAGAUCCCGAAGUCAGCGCCCGCAAUCGAUAUGACAAUGUACAGGCAUGGGCCAACUCCCGCAUUCAUCUGCGGGUCCCGGAGGGCGAAUGUGAUUUUAUCAACGCCUCACCGAUCAUACUGAGGGACUCGGUCACGCAAGAGGAGAGGACAUACAUUGCGACGCAGGGCCCUAUAAUUGGUUAUCUCUCGCACUUUUGGCAUAUGGUUUUCCAUGAAAGCAAAGAUGUGGCUGUCAUUGUCAUGUUGACGCAGACCUUCGAGGCUGGACGGGAAAAAUGCGCACAGUACUUUCCUCUGCACCCGGACCAGGCUUCGAUGUUCCUGGGUGAGAAGUCUACUGGAAACCCACUCCCAGAGGUGAAGGCGGAAACAGUACAGGCUAAAGAGGCCACCCCCGCUGAGCCUGCUGCUGUUGACCAGCUUGACGCCGAGGACACUGCCUCCGAAGAAGUAUCCAAGGCCACCAAGGAGAUGACUUCGACUCCCGCGGCCGAGAAAAUUGAGACAGCAGAGGCGGAAAGAACUUCUGGAACCACCAUUGAUGGCUACCCUGUUGCUGAGGUGGUUGUCAACGAGGAAUCUCCCAAGGAGUCAAACAGAAUCACUGCUGCUCAGAAGUCAGGUGCAUUCGUGACUGAUCCAAACAGCCAGGAGGAACUCCCCGACAAUAUUGGCAAAAUCACCUUGUUAGAGUCAAUGUUUGAUGUCAAGUCUCGCUCGGAGAUUCGCAAGCUCGAGUUGACUAUCGGCUCAAAGACGAAAAUCGUGUGGCAUUUUCUCUUUGCCGGCUGGCCAGAAUAUUCCAAGCCCGAAGGCGACGAUCGCGAGGCGCUCCUUGAACUGAUCAAAUUAUCAGCUUCCAAAUCGGGGCCUCAGAAUCCACGUGUGGUCCACUGCAGCUCAGGAGUCGGCCGCACGGGAACUUUCAUCGCCCUUGAUCAUCUCCUCCAAGAGCUUGAAUCGGGCCAGUUGCUGCAGCUAGCCGAUCCCGAUAUUGACCCUGUCUUCGAAACGGUUAACCAGAUGCGCGAGCAACGCAUGACGAUGGUUUACAACGUGAAGCAAUUUCAGUUCAUCUAUGACGUGCUCCGAGAGCAAACGGAUAUCAAACUGGGUAAGGUUCGGCCACGAAACAAUGGAUCACUUGGGAGCCAGAUGGAGGAGGACAUCCUGCACCCAACCUUCCAUAUGCCAGAUGCGCCGAGCAGUGCUAGUAGGAAGAAGUCAACAGAAGAGCCACCACAAAAACAGUGGCAGUUCAUUGACGCAUCUGACAACAGCGGAAGCACUCUAGCUGAAGCAAAGCGCCAUAUUAUGCAGGAAUAUAUGCGUCAAAUACGGCAUAGGCCCGUCCAGUCUGGUGUUAAAAUCAGAGACAGUCCAUCACACGGAAAGAAGAAAGAAUAG